UCAGUUUAUUUCGGUAUAUUUCUGAGGGAAGACCGUGUAUUUUUAGAUAAGUGCGCGGUCACACUGUUCUCCAGCUUUAAUUAGCGGCAAAAUAAUUUUUUUUUUCCCACUUAAAUUUCGCGUAGUCUGUGGCACAACUUUUCAGCUGCGUAGCAGCAGACGGAGCAGCUUUGCUUUUCCCCCCAACAACGGUUGACAAGAGCCCAGCCGCCCGGCGCCACAAAGUGGGAUCCCAGAGGCAGAACAGCCGCCGCACUGUGUUAAUAAUAUUGUAGCCACGACACACGACACCCGACCCACACCGUACCACAUCAGCACGCCCCGCAACAGACACCGCCGCACCACACGAAACAGAAGCAGCAGCACCCACAACUACAGCCACAGAUACAGAUAUAGAUACAGCUACAGAUACAGCUACAGAUACGUUCUCUUUUAGCCAAUAAGUCUAGUCAACAAUUAGACCAAAUGAGCACGCACUUCAAAACUAACAAGCAGCACAAACUAAGCCAAAAAUAAAAGGAGAGUAAACGCCGACACACUCGCUUACUCACAGGGAGAGAGACAGAGAGAGAGAGAGAAGAGACACCCACACCUUGCACAGCUAGAGAGAUAGUGAAUAGUGAAUAAAAGUAGCGACUACUAUAAAAGAAGGAGAGAACAGGCGGGACAGGGAGGAGAGACUGACACCGAAAGACACAGCAAGGGAAUAGACAGAUCUACAUAAAGGAAGAUAGAAAGAGAGAAAAAAAGAGAGAGAGAGAGACUCCCAAAUAGACAGAAGAACAGAAGGAAGGAGCUUCUUCCAAAGAGCUAAAUAUCAGGACACACACACACACACACACACACAGAAAGGGAGGCGAGCAAAUUCCACCAAGAUGCGGGUCGUGGCCAUGGUCAGUGGCGGCAAGGAUAGCUGCUACAACAUGAUGCAAUGCGUUGCCGAGGGCCAUGAAAUCGUCGCCCUGGCCAAUCUCCAUCCCAAGGACAGAGAUGAACUGGACAGCUUCAUGUACCAGACAGUGGGCCACAUGGGCAUCGAGAUACUGGCCAAUGCGAUGGGACUGCCCCUGUAUCGGCGCGAGACCAAGGGCAAGAGCACACAGACAGGCAAACAGUACGUGCCCACCGACGAUGACGAGGUGGAGGAUCUCUACAGUCUGCUGGAGACAUGCAAGCACGAACUUCAGGUGGAUGCCGUGGCCGUGGGCGCCAUCCUGUCGGACUAUCAGCGCGUGCGCGUGGAGAAUGUGUGCAGCCGUCUUGGUCUGAUAUCGCUGGCCUAUCUGUGGCGGAGAGACCAGACUGAACUGCUGCAGGAGAUGAUCGACUGCCAGGUGCAUGCCAUUAUCAUAAAGGUGGCUGCCCUGGGACUGGUGCCGGACCGUCAUCUGGGGAAAUCGCUGCGGGAGAUGCAGCCGCAUCUGCUCAAGAUGCGCGACAAGUACGGUCUGAAUGUGUGCGGCGAGGGCGGCGAGUACGAGACAUUCACGCUGGACUGCCCGCUCUUUCGGCAGCGCAUCUCCGUGGAGGACAUCCAGACGAUCAUCAGCAGUGCGGAUCCCAUUUGCCCGGUGGGAUACAUCAAUUUCACGAAGCUAACCCUCCAGCCAAAGGAGCCGGGCAGCUCGUCAGCCGGCGGCGGUGGCGGCGGCAGCGGCAGCGAUGUGGUCUUUGUGAAGCGCUCCCUCGACUAUAUCAGCGACCUCAACGAGUCGACGUACAGCGAUCUGAGUGAUCCGGAUUUCAGCGAAACGGAACUGGAGCUGAUCGAGAAGGAGACGCGUCUGCGGGAAUCGCUCAGCCAGAACGAGCUGAUAUCGCGCAGCAACUCGUUCGGGCGCCACCUGGCCACGUCCGCCUCCUCGCCCAUACCCAUUGUCACGAAGAGCGCCAGCGUCGACGAGCCCAUACCGACGGCCAAUUCGGCGGCGGCAUCCACUGCAUCGCUCAUGCUGCUGACGGCAGCGGCAUCGCUGGCCAACAAUAAUCAAUCGGCCACCUCGGCCUCGGGCAGUGCCCUGGGUUUUAGCGGCAGCUACGCGAGCAGCACCCAGGGCAAUCCGCUCGGCAGCAGCACGGCCGCCGUAUGCGGCUCGAUGUCGCUGGCCAUCUCCUCGCUUGGGCUGAGCGCGAACACAUGCCAUAAUCCGUCUGGAGCUGGAGCUGGGCCAGGGAUUGGGCAAGGGACAGGAGCUGGCGGCAUUAGCAGUGUCAUGACCCAGCCGCCGAGUCCAAUGAAAUACGAGAGAGAGUUCCGUCCAUUAGCGAACGAGGCCAGAGCGGCCAUCAAUGCCAAGGGCUGGAUGUGGCUGGCCGGCAUACAGGGCUGCGACUCUGAGGGCAUGGAGCAGGGCAUGCAGAGGGCCCUGGACACAUUAAAGGCACUGUGCGCCAGCAAGGGCUACGACCUGCAGGAUCUGUGCUACAUUACGCUCUACGUGCGCUCCAUUGCCGAGUAUCCGGCAUUGAAUCGGGUCUACCUGAAGGCCUUUGACUUUCACAAUCCCCCGACACGCGUCUGUGUGGAGUGCCCCCUGCCCGAUGGCUGUCAUGUGGUGAUGGAGGCGAUUGCCUAUCGCCAGACAAUUGGUCUGGCCAAUACGGCCCAUUUGACAGUCGAGGAGCGGGAUCGCGAGGGCGAGGAGACGGCCGCUGCGCUAUUGAAUGGCCGCCGCAGCACGAUGCAUGUGCAGGGCAUCUCGCACUGGGCGCCUGCCAAUAUAGGACCCUACAGCCAGUCCACAAGGAUUGGGGAAAUCACAUACAUUUCGGGACAGAUCGCCUUGGUGCCCGGCAGCAUGACAAUCAUUGAGGGUGGCAUACGACCGCAAUGCAAGCUAACGCUGCGCCACAUCAGUCGCAUUGCCAAGGCCAUGAAUGCCCAUGGGCAGCUGCGGGACGUGGUCCAUGGCAUUUGCUUUGUUACGCAUCCCGCGUUCAUUGGCGAGGCGCGACGUCAGUGGGAGCGGCGUACGACAAACGCCAUCAUGGACUACAUUGUGCUGCCCGCCUUGCCGCGGGAGGCGCUCGUCGAGUGGCAGGUCUGGGCGCAUACCCACAACGAUCGCUUCGACUAUGAGGAAACUGGCUGUUCGGUUAGCGACUAUACCAUCUCGAUACGUCGCCGCUGGAACUAUGAGAACAACUGUGCGGCCAUUGUCUGCUAUGUGUCCACCGGCCUGGCCUCGUCCACCACACAGCUAACGCAACUGAGCGACGAUAUACUGGGCAACCAUUGCCGCGUGGCGCAGUCGGUCAGUGCGGAGCAUAUGGAUGAGAUUCUGACGUACAUUGUGAAUCGUUUGCUCAAGGAUUAUCCCCUUGCCAAGCUGAAGCAGCAGCCAGCACAGGCUGUCAGCGAGCCAGUGGGCGAGACACCGCCCUCAACGCCCUCGGUGCCCGGUGGUGCUGGAGGCGAUCAGCAACAGCAGCAGCAGCAACAGCACCAGCAGCAGCAGCAGCAACAACAGCAGCAGCAGUCACAGCAUCAGAAGCCAGCGAUACACCUGAAGCUGUUCUAUCAGGUGAAUGCGGCCCCACCAACAGAGCUGCUGCUGCAGUCGCUGCAUGACUUUCGGGUCAAAUGCCAGGAGAUGGCCUCCAUUGUAUACACCGUACUGCCGGCGUGCAGUCUGCACAACUUCAGUACGUUCCUGUCCAUAUGCGGUGUGAGGCAUGAGUAGGAAUAGGGGAGGAGUAGGGGUAGGAGUAGGAGUGAAAGUGGGUAGGAAAGGAAACAAUUUGCUGCCACCGCACCAAACAGAAUAUAGAUUAUAUAUAUAUACACGACUAUAUAUGUACAAUGGAUAUGUGUAAGCAGCUUGCAGUGUCGCUUGCUUCUUUUGGUUAUCCGGCGGAUACAGCAUGCUGUCUAUAUUGUAUCUCCACCACACACACACACAUACGUGGAAACACAAACCCAAAAUUGUUUCGGACCAAACAGAGGAUAGCCACAAAACUUGGAAAUUGAAUUGGAAUAACGGAUCUAUGCAACUCAAGAGUUUCAGCAAUUAGCAAAAAAAAAAGAAAAGAAAAGAAAAUUCAACAAAUUAUUGUACAAGCAGAAACAGCAACAAAAUACAAGAACGCCACACACUUUUUGUGCACUCUAAUUGCCCAGAACUGUAACUGUAACUGUAACUGUACUCUUAUAUACAUAUAUAACGUAUUAACUACUGAUCGUUUUUCGAUGUGCUUUUCCCCCAUGCCCGCACCCCGUAUGCUCCGACUUUUAUAUACAUAUAUAUAUAUAUACAUCAAGAAUUCUUUUCUAUAAUUCAUUUUCGAUUAGCAAAAACUUUUUGACCAAAACAAAAAAAAAAACAAAUAAUAAGAUAAAAUGAAACGAAGAUAUUGUCGUUGAGCUUUAAAGAAGAACUAUUUCUAUAUGCAUAUAAUGUCUGGCCAGUUGGAUGAUGGUUGGUGGCACACCCCCCUCCCCUCCCACAUAGUGGACCACGUCCAUUCACUUUGACUAUCCCGUAUAAUAUUUGUCCAGAAAAAAAAAAAUAAUGGAGGGGACUCGCGCGAAUCAAGCAAAUUUGCCAUAGAUAAAUUACAUUUUGUUACAAUCUUUUUUUUAUACAUAAAUACAUACAUAUACAUAUAUAUUAUUAUACGAUUAGAUACCAAAAUUAACGAAUAGAGAUUAUUGAAUGUGUUUUCUUGUGGCCAUAGCUAUAGCUUGUCCUGCACUCUCCCCACAAAAAACAAACAAAAGAAACGAAACGAAACGAGAAGAAAAGAAAACUGAAUGAAAUGAUACGCCCCCUCUCUCA